CCGGCAGCGGGAGGAUGGGAGCGGGAGGCGGCGCGGCGCAGCGCGGCGCUGGGGCGUUCGGCUGCUCGGAGGCUUGAAGCCCAUUUUCCGCCCGGCGGCGGCGGAGUGCGGGGGCGGCGGGGAUGGAGCGGCAGAGCCCCGCUGCAGGGCGCUGCGCCGCGGGAGCCCAGGCUGGUGCGGAGCCCGGCGAGCUCCUCCAGCGAGCCCUGGAGUUCAAGAGCCAAGGGGCGCAGUGCUACAAGGACAAGAAAUUCCGCGAGGCCAUCGGCAAGUACCACCGGGCGCUGCUGGAGCUGAAGGGGCUGCCGCCGCCGGCCCCGCCGGAGCCCAGCUCCUCCGCCAGCUGCGCCGCCGGCCCGGGGGUCCAGCUCACCGCGGAGCAGAGCCAGAGCGCGGAGAGCAUCGAGAUCGAUUGUUACAACAGCCUGGCAGCAUGUCUGCUCCAGGCUGAGCUGGUGAAUUAUGAGCGAGUCAAGGAGUAUUGCCUCAAAGUGCUUAAGAAGGAAGGAGAGAACUUCAAGGCACUCUAUCGAUCGGGCGUAGCAUUCUACCACCUUGGUGACUUCAACAAGGCACUGGACUAUUUGAAAGAAGCAAGGUCCCGACAGCCGACAGAUACCAAUGUCAUACGGUAUAUCCAGCUGACGGAGAUGAAGCUUAGUAGAUGUUCCCAGAAGGAGAAAGAAGCCUUGUAAAAAGGAACCUGCUUCGGUGACAAGGGGGACAUUUCCUUCCCAGUUGCUCAGUGGGUGGAUUUGUCCAUUUGCUUCACUCUGUCCCCAUCUCUCCAUCCUUCCUCGAACGCUCUUAAUUUAAUCCCAGUUUUAGAAGAGACUCGGACUCUGGGUUUGGCUGCUUGGCAGCACAGUGGUCAUAACCCAGUCCCCUCAGUGGGAGAGCACAGUGGCUGCAGCCUGUCUGAUUCCGGGACAGUGGCAGAAGGUUGGAGGACGUGAUGAGAGGCACAUCUUUAGCCGUGGGCUGAGUGCUCGCUGCAAUUCUGCACUGAAGAAAACAUCUCUGAGGCUAUGAUUUACCAACCAACAAACUGGAGACAAGCAUUUCCUACUGGUAGCUAUCACUGGAAUUCUACAGAGCCAGAAAACUAAGAGAGCUGUUGGCCACUUCAGGAGGGGAAGCAGAUUCCCCUUUCACCAGUUCCCUUGUGCCUUCCUCUCUGGCUCUGUAUUUUAAGGCCCUGUAGGAGUUCAUGUACUCCAGAACCAAUGCCAAUUAAACCCAGUCUAAACAUCUUUUUAAUAAAAGCACAGAGCACCCUGUGAUACUCCUAAACAGCAGUCCCAGUGCUGCGGGGAGUGGGUUCUGGGAGUGCUGUGGAACUCUGAAGGGUCUGAGGUGCACUGCACAGUAUGGGGAUUAAACUGUGGAAUAAUUAUCUGCCAAUAAAAAUUGUGAAUGGUCAA